CUCCUCCCAAACAACCAACCAAUCCAAGGGUUUGGUUCAUGCGGAGAAGAUAAACAGUGUAUGUUAAACGAUGCGAGGCUAAGGAUCUGUAGCUUUGUUACAUAGGAAGUGAAAGCAUGGGUACUUAGUUUGAAGGGGAAUAUAUAUCGUAAGAACUGUCAUUAUAUGUUUUCAUAAAGACUUGCUUGACUGUUUUUUGUUAGUAGAUUUUUCCUCUUUUUUUUGGGUUUCAGGUUCGUCCUUGAAGUUGAAACUAUGUCUCUUACCAGUUUCUUUCAUUUCACAAGAAUUUCUGUCUACUUUGAGAGAAAGUUCAGUUCUAGUUAGGGUGGGAGACCCUAGAAUGCAAGUGCUUUAGUGUUUUGGUGGGUAAGGACUAAGGGGUGUUGUAAUCAGGGAUGGAUAUGAGCAAGUUGAUACCUGAAUCCCAUGUAGCACAGCAAAGCCGGCGUGAUAAGCUGAGAAUUCAACAAAGUUCUAGCGAUCUUGUCCAGCACUCUGAUGACUUCCAACUGGGGUUUCUCCAUCCGGUGCUUAACCCAGAUCUUAUUCAAGUUCGAAAUGUUAGAAAUGCAAACUUACUCUACGAUCAUAGUGCUUUUCCUUCAUCAAAUGUCACCCAUUUUUCAGAAAAUCCCGACCAUUUGCUAGCUCAAAGCGAUGAAAUGCUGCAACAAGAUUUGGAAACAGCUCAACGCACAACACUAGUCCUUGCUGACGAUUCCAUGUCUCCUUCAAUUCUGACCCAUUUCGGUGCUCCCUCUAGGGUCGGUGCUGCUUACAAAGAAACUUGUGGUAAUUGGAAGAGCGUUGAUCCACAGCAAGCUUGUGAUUUGAUGGUGAGUUACGCAAGUGGAUCAUCUAGUAGGGAAGGCAAUCAGAACCCAUUUGGUGGGGCGGUCUUGUCAAAUAAUGGAAGUGAAAGCAACAUGUCUGCCACCACACAGUAUUUGAAGCCUACUUACGAUUGCAAUCUAGCUGUUCAAUCUACUUCAAUCAAUCCAUGCAAUGAGGUUUCCAGCCAAGAUUGCAGAAGGCACUAUAGUAACUUGGAUAUUCCCUUACCUCAACUUUACAACAGCAAGGUACUCCAGGAUGUUGUUACUACAGCUUCUGUUGGAAAUCGGGUUACAGAGGGAGCUUCUCUGCUGCAGCAGAACAUUAGAGAAGAAGUCCACAGAUCAUGGACAACUGAUUACUCGGGGAAUCAGUCGGAUUCUUUCCAUUUUGAUACUGGCGGUGCUGGGAUGGAUAGACCACCAGUGGAGAAUUGGCAUCGCUGGAGGGGUGAACAAGAGCCGAAGAUGGUUGCAAGUGAUUCUACUAAUCAGGGGCUAGCAUUAUCACUUUCAUCUAAUCCACCACCCAAAGUGUAUGUUGCUCAGUUGGAGGAUGGUUUGCAAUCAAGGUCUGUUGAUUUCAAAGAUCCUCAGGAUUCUAAGAUUUUGGAGCCAUCUGUAGUUAGGAAAGCUAGUGGAAAAUCUCUUCAAGUGAUUGUAGGAAAUUCAACUAACAUUAACCGACAGACAGGACCCCUUGGGCCAUUUACAGGAUAUGCAACUAUUUUGAAGAACUCGAGAUUUUUGAAGCCAGCACAAGAGCUAUUAGAAGAUUUCUGCGACAUAACAAACUCAAAGGUAGACAAAAUAUGCAAGAUGUCUGAGGAGAUUUAUGUAGAAGGUACUGCUUCAGCCUCUGCCGGCACUUCUCAUGCGGCCAAUAUGGAGCUUGCAGUUAAGGGGAAGAACUCCUGUGCCUCAUCCUCAACGUUUUACAGCUCUAGCGGAAAUAAUGGUGAUGGUGGUCUUGGAAGUCGCUCUAACGAGCAGCCAUAUCAGCCUGAUUACCAACUAAAGGCAAGGCUUCUAUAUCUGCAGGAGGAGGUUUGCAAAAGAUACAAGCUAUAUCAUCAGCAGAUGCAGAUGGUGGUGUCAUCUUUUGAAUCUGUAGCUGGUCUGAGUGCAGCCACCCCUUAUAUUUCCUCGGCUCUAAAAGCAGUUGUGAAGAAUUUUCGGUCUCUGAAAAAUGCAAUAUCAGAUCAGAUCAAGCAUAUCUCAAGAGCCUUGGGGGAGGAUGUCUUCUCGCCUACUUCUGGUACGAGUAAUAGUAAAGGUGACACGUAUAAGCUAAAGUAUAUGGGGCAAAAAUCUGGUGGGGUCAGUGUGGGCUUCCUUGAACCCCAACAACAUGGCUGGAGGCCCCAGAGAGGACUCCCUGAACGUUCAGUGGCCAUUCUUAGAGCUUGGCUGUUUGAUCAUUUUCUUCAUCCGUACCCCACGGACACAGAUAAGCACAUGCUGGCUACUCAAACUGGUCUUACUCGAAACCAGGUAUCAAACUGGUUUAUAAACGCACGAGUUCGUGUCUGGAAACCAAUGGUUGAAGAAAUACACAUGCUUGAAAGCAAAGGCUUGGCAGAAGCGAACCAGAUCAACCCCGGUAGAACUGAUAUAAAAUCUGCUAGUGAAGGCACCAGCUGUCAAAUUGAUGACCAAGCCAUUAUCAAGCCCUCUAUCAAUGCCAUGUCUGAUAGGCAGUUGGGGUCCUCAAACUCAGACAUGCAUCACAUGUUGAGUUCAAGAGACACAUGUAGUGCAGAUCAAUGGAAUCAGGAGAAACGUUCGAGAGUUGACUUUCAUGUCCCAACAAGCAUGGACGGAUCUUUAAUUAGUUUUGUUCCAUACCAAAGAAGUCAGCUUGAGAUGGGGGGACUUGGGACAGUGUCUCUCACAUUGGGUCUGAGACAUGGUGUGGACAGUGCAAGGCAGCAGCAACAACAAUUUCACCAACAAGAAGAUCAACUUAGGCGGCAAUUCGGGGGUCAAAUGAUUCAUGAUUUUGUCGGUUGAUGAUUCACAACUGUUAUCUUUAAUCUUUAGGAGUUGAAGUGGGUAACCCUACAUUCACGAUUGCAGGCUAGUAUCUUCUAGAUAUCACUUCAUCAAUCUUGCAGUGCUCACGGAAUGGAUGGUUCAAGAAUCACCGUCUUGCUAGUGAGUAGAACAAAAUUCAGUCUUGAGGGGAAGGAGAUUGACAUCUGAAAUUCAUGUAAUGUGAUUGAUGCAAAGACCAAAUUAAAUUUCGGAAAAUAUUACUAACUUAAUUUAGGGGAAAUUAUCACUUUGUGAUAAAAAGUUCUCUUCAAU